AUGGUGGAAAAACUUAUUGAUAUUAUGCAUCAUAACUUUAAUAGACCUAAAGUACUCGAUAUCACAAUCAUCAAAGAACAACAUAAUUGUAUUAUUGUCAAAAAAUUCUAUUUCUUAGAUUUUGGCUUACAUAUAACAAAGAAGAUGAAUUACUUCAAAAAUUCAGUAAUAAUCAAUCAUAAUUCCCUCAACUAACAUAAUCAUUUGAUGCAAUCUAUCACUUUUGCUCAUAAAGACAGUAUGAUACCUAGAAAUACAUUGUAAAGAAAAAAUAGAGAGUAGAUGAAAAUAUACUUGAAAUUGUAAAUAAGGUUACUUAUAUUUAAUGUUCGCACUAAAUAUCAAAGGAUUUAUGGCAAAGUUUCAUAUCAAAAUUAUUUAUUAACUGUUAUUAAAAGUAAGCACCUAAUGCCCAAUAUAAAGCUUAAAAGCAAUUUAGUUCCAAAUUCUAAACUCCAUAAUAAUCCCUUAAAAAAUAAUAUAAAAUCAGCAAAUUCAGAAAAGGUUUUAAGCAUAAUCAUAAGCAACUAUCCUAGAAGUAAUCAAAAACUAAUUUGA